GGCAGCACUGAGCGCACUGAGCACUUACGGCACAGUUUAAUAAAGUAGCGCUAGAGAGCAGCUUUGACCUCACCUAUAUCCAUAUUGUAAUUACCUCUUGUUUUACAAAAAAAAAGCAGUCGUAACUUAAAAUAAAAUGGAAUACCGGGCAUAUACGGGAAUGAAUGGGUUAGGCAAUUCUAAGCUUGUCACCGAUCUUCAGUGCUUGAAAGAGUUCACCGAGCUCUCGGUAAACUCGAAAAAAGCCGCGGUGCAACGCAACCAAGAGACGUCUCGCAAGGAGUCGGAGGAUGAGUCCAGGCUACCGGUGCUGGAGGCUGCCUACGCUACCAUCCUCCGGGGGAUAGGGGAGGACACCGACCGCCAGGGGCUUCUGCGAACGCCGGCCCGAGCAGCCAAAGCGAUGCAGUUUCUUACUAAGGGUUACCACGAAUCCGUGUACGACAUUCUGAACGACGCCAUAUUUGAUGAGGACCACGAUGAGAUGGUGAUCGUGAAGGACAUCGAUAUGUUCUCUUUGUGUGAGCAUCACCUAGUGCCCUUCUUUGGCAAGGUCCACAUUGGGUAUCUUCCAAACAAGAAGGUGGUUGGCUUAAGCAAACUGGCAAGAAUUGUUGAGAUCUACAGCCGGAGACUUCAAGUCCAGGAGCGCCUGACCAAGCAGAUCGCGACGGCUAUUUCAGAGGCGCUGCAGCCGACUGGAGUGGUGGUGAUCAUUGAAGCAGUUCAUAUGUGCAUGAUCAUGCGGGGUGUGCAGAAGAUAAACAGCCAGACGGUCACCAGCACCAUGCUGGGCAUCUUCCGGGAGGACCACAAGACUCGCGAGGAGUUCCUGGCUCUGGUCAAAAGCAAAUAAACAUCUUCUACCUCAACCGACCCUCAGACGCUAGCAGUACCCUCUUCACAGUUGCCUAGGUCACCCAGGCCAUAUUUCCUCUCUCCCCAGUGAUCAAGUCAACAAACCAUCUGUUUGGAGGUCAGGGUCCUGCUAGUGUUUUCUUUUUUGUUCUGGUGCUGAUAAAAAAGCCCUACAUGUAGGGUCUGUUGUCAGUCAUAAAUCACAAUCACGAGUUACAAAUCAAAUCACAGCUGAUACUCGGGGUUUAACAACAUCUGGUAGAGCAGUUUUUCCCAACCUGGUCCUUGGGGACCCUGAUAGUCCACAUUUUUGCAAAAAUAUACUGUCUGGCAGGGAGCUGGGAGGGAGAGAAAAUGUGGACUGUCUGGCAGGGAGCUAGGAGAGAGCGAAAAC